GUGGGUGAUCGAUGUGAAUGGUGCUCCUGGAACGCUGUAUGCUAAUGAAAUUUAUCAGCUUCAAGUUGAUUUCCCAGAACAUUAUCCUAUGGAAGCUCCCCAGGUGAUAUUUGUGCCUCCAGCUCCCAUGCACCCUCAUAUCUAUAGCAACGGGCACAUUUGUUUAGAUAUUUUGUAUGACUCGUGGUCGCCUGCCAUGACUGUUAGUUCUAUAUGCAUUAGCCUUCUCUCCAUGCUGUCAAGUUCAACUGCGAAGCAACUCCCUGACGAUAAUGAUCGGUAUGUAAAGAACUGUAGAAAUGGCAGAUCACCAAAGGAAACCAGGUGGUGGUUCCAUGAUGAUAAGGUGUAACAAGUGUAAUUCGACACUUACGGCAACAUUAUAACUCGAUUACAUACUUGAUAUCAAAUGCUAUAGAAGAACAUUUUCUGAAUAUCCAGGAUCAAUGCCAGCACAUGUACAUGUGUGCAAAAUUGGCCUUUCCUGUCCAUUAGUUGUAAGUGAACCUAACUGACUUAUACUGCAUAUACUGCAGUCUCAAUUAUACCUCACCAAGAAUCCUUCUGGUAACAGCAAUAAGUUAGCACUCAGAAUAAUGUAUUGUUUCUGGUUGUUUUUCUUACGUACUGAGGAAUAAGUUUGCCUCAUUUAUUCCCUUCUUA